UACUACUACACUUAACUUUUCUUUUUUAUAGACUCCCACUUGAAACUCGCCUCCUCACCACCAUUAUUCCUCACUAUAAUUACACCCCACUAUCUCAAACGUUUGCUUCAUUCUUCUUCACCCACCACAAUCUCGCUCUGUUGUUUCUCCCUAGAUUCUAUCUACCUUUGUGAUCCGAAAGGCUAGGGUUUUGGUGAUCUGGGGUUGUGCUGUUGGCGGUGUCUAGAGGAUGAUGAUGGAGGCUGCAAAUCUUGAGGAGGAUCACCAAAGCCAGAUGAUGAUCAUCAAAGGAAAGCGCACCAAGCGUCCGAGGCUGUCAUCUCCGACUGUGUUGGCAGCAACAGUUUCAAGCUCGUCUAGUCCUGGUGGUGGUGAUGAUGUUGAUGAAGAUCAUCAUCAUCAAUUGGGAAUUAUGAGUACUCCAAUUAGAGUUAGUGAUCAAGACGAUGAGACAACCGCCUCGCCGGCCACCUCAGCUGAGUUCACAGAGAUGAGUACUACAGAAGAAGAAGACAUGGCCAACUGUUUGAUACUUUUGGCCCAGUCAGGUCAGAAACAAAUCCGAAAACUUCAAGAACAACAACAACAACAGCUACCAUUACAACAACAACCAAUUAAGGCUGUUGCUGCUGCUGCUGAUACUGCUCCUGGGUUAUAUGUGUAUGAGUGCAAGACAUGCAACAGGUGCUUUUCUUCUUUCCAAGCACUAGGUGGGCAUAGAGCAAGCCACAAGAAACCCAAGACCAGUAAUGUCAUCAACACAGCACAAGCACAGCCAAAGAAAGCGUUGUCAUUUAUGGAAGAGCAAAAUGAGUAUGAUCGUCAGUUUAACAACAACACAACAAGCACAACACUUUCGUUGCAAAUAUCCAAUAGGGGUUUUGGCAAUAGCAAAGGCACCAAGGUUCAUGAGUGUUCAGUGUGUGGGGCUGAGUUCACCUCUGGUCAAGCUCUUGGGGGUCAUAUGAGGAGGCACAGAACUUUGAUGAACCCUACAACAGCAGUACCAACAAUGGGUAGUCCUCAAUCUCAAUUAUCUAACAAGAGGCCAAGAAGUGUUUUGGAGUUAGACCUUAAUCUUCCUGCACCAGAAGAAGAGCGGCUCGAAAUGACCAAAUUGCCAUUUUCCAGCUCCAAGAAGGAACAAGUCAUUGUGUUUUCUGCCGCUCCUUUGGUGGGAUGCCACUACUAGACAGCUAGAGCUAAAACCACUUACCAUUGUAACCCAAUUGAUUAUUUGACAUUGUUUUCAAUUUUUAUACUGAUACCAUUCGAUUAAUUGUUAAUUAUUCUUACUUUUC